UGCGACAUGGAUCAACCUGAAGUCUCCUCACUGAAAUAAACGCGUUUCCCGCAUUAAGAUGUCGCGGUUUUGGUAUAAUUCACGUUUGCAGCAGGGCGCAAAAGUCUGACAGGGUAGUGCGCGCAUCGCUCUCUCAUCCCUGGGGAUUUUGCAUAGAUAAUUUUGCUUCCGGAUUUUUUUUUUUUAAUUCUCUUAACGUUCUCUUCACUUCCUUGUGUUUAGCGAAUAGAGGAACUGACCACAUUGUGACUAGACUGAUCAUAGAUUUUAUUUUAUUUAAUAAUUUUUUUUAAAAAAAGUACUGCAUUGGGUUGUUUUUCCACGUUUAAAUAUGAGAAUUAGUUUGGUUACAGCAGGUGUUUUUCGACGUGGUCAUUGAUUUUCUUCUCUAAACUUGGUGUGCGACCGAAGGCAGCGAUGGCGGGCCGUGUACAGCAGGGAGACCUGACCGAGUACAAGAAGAAUCUCAUUAAGCGCGACCUCGAGAUGGGGAUAGUGAUGACCGUGUUCAGACAGAGGAUGGAGAGGCUUACCGUGCAGGUCAUCAUGGAGACGCGACAGGUGGCCUGGUCGCGCACCGCCAACAAGACAGAAGGAGUGUUGGACCUUUUUGAGAUCCGGGAAGUACGUGCAGGAAAAAACUCCAAAGACUUUGAUCGAUUGAAGGACAGCAAGGAUAAAACUAUAGACCCCAACUCAUGCUUCACUAUAUUCUAUGGCUCUCAGUUCGUUCUCAACACUCUCAGUCUGAGCGCUGAUUCAGCGGAGGAUGCAGAAAAAUGGCUGACGGGACUGGAGUUACUCAGACAGGAGACACUGGCGGCUUACACGGACAUUAUAGAGAGUUGGCUGAGGAAGCAGAUGUACUCUGUUGAUCAAACAAAGAAAAACAGCAUCACCCUGAAAGAGCUGAAGUGUCUGUUGCCACAAAUGAACUUUAAAGUACCAGGUGGACGUUUUUUGAAGGACAGAGUUGCGGUGGUGGGAGCAAAGAAAGAAGUACUGGAUUUUGAGCAAUUUCACAAAUUCUACAAUCAUUUGAUGUUUGAAAACCAAAAGAUAAUUCUAGAGGAGUUUAAAAAGGAGUCCUGUGCUUUCAUUAUGGGCAACAACGAUCAGCCUAUUCAACUCUGCGAUUUUCAAAGAUUCCUUUUAUUUCAUCAGAGAGAGUCUUGGGCCAACAAUGCAAAUCAAGUCCGAGAGCUGAUGACCACCUUCAUCGACGACACAAUGAGGAAGACCAACGAUCCAGCCUUUACCGUUGAAGAGUUCCUCAGUUUUCUCUUCAAAGAGAACUCAAUCUGGGAUGACAAGUUCUCAGAGAUUUGCCCACUGGACAUGAACAAUCCUCUUUCUCACUACUGGAUCAACUCUUCUCACAACACAUAUUUGACUGGAGAUCAACUGCGCAGUGAGUCCUCAACAGAAGCUUACGUGCGCUGCCUGAGGCUGGGCUGCGCUGUGUUGAUGGACUGCUGGAAUGGUCCAGAAGAACCUAUUAUAUACCACGGCUGGACCAGAACCUCCAAGAUAAAGUUUAAGGAUGUGGUGAAGGCCAUCAAUGAUCAUGCUUUUGCAACAUCUGAUUAUCCCGUGGUGCUGUCCAUUGAAGAACACUGUGACGUCAAGCAACAAAAAUGAUGGCUCAGUGUUAAAGAUGUUUUCCAAGACAAGAUCCUAACCGAGCCGCUGGAACCAGAUGCUGAACAACUGCCGUCCCCAACCCAACUGAAAGGCAAGAUCAUCAUCAAGCACAAGAAACUGAACAUUGAUGAGAUCUUUAGCAAAAAGGGCGUACGGAAAGGAGAUACAGGAGAGCUCUUCAUCUGGGAUCAAUUGAUGAGAUGGUACAAGCACUACUGCGUGAUCGAGAAUAAGACAUUGUAUUAUGCUGAGAAAAACUGUGAAAUCCACCUCUCCUCAGUCAACUCAGGCGGUACAGAGCUUCACCAGUUAGAGUCCUGGUUUCACGGGCGGAUGUCGGAGGGCAGACAGACAGCCGAGAGGCUGCUGCAGGAACAUUGUGCAGAUUCGGGUGGAGUUGGACGGACAUUUCUGGUGCGAGAGAGCGACACCUUCGUCAACGACUGCACCCUCUCGUUCUGGUAAUGUAGGCCUCGCGGCGGCGGAGUUCAACAUUGUCGAAUCCGUUCCUGUUUAGAAGGAAGCCACACUGUUUAUUUCCUCACAGACAACCUGCACUUCUCCAGUGUGUACACGCUUAUCCAGUAUUACAGAAACCCUCUUCGCUGUCAGGAUUUCAACCUGCGCCUUACUGACCUUGUGCCUCGACCAGACCAGCACCUGCAGAAGGGUAAGUGGUUUUACAGUAACUUGAGUCGGGGUGCGGAAGACUAUCUCAUGAAUCCUCGAGAUGGAGCCUUCCUCAUUAGACAAAGAGAAGAUUCAGACUCAUAUGCCAUCACCUUCAGAGGUGAGGGGAUGGUGAAACACUGCCGGAUACACAAAGAUGGAUCUAUGUACGUGCUGGGCACCUCCAGCGAAUUUGAGAGCUUGCUGGAAUUGGUGGACUAUUUCCGAAAGAAACCGCUGUACCGAAAAGAUCAAACUACGCUACCGGUCACACCAGAACUGGUGGAGCGCUUCAGUUCGAUAACCAUAUCUGCCUCACUUUAUGAUUCUAAACAGUACGUGGAGGCCAACGAGAUAGAGCAAGUCUCUGCCCCACUUAGCACCCGUGAGGCCCUUUAUGACUACAGAGCCAUGCCGGAUGAACUCACCUUUCAUAAGAGGCGGCUGAUCCAUAACGUGACAAGGGCGCCAAGCGGAUGGUGGAAAGGAGACUACGUUGGAAAACUGCAGCACCAUUUCCCUUCAAAUUAUGUAGAAGAAGUUGCCAAUGCAUCUAGAGGCAGGUUACCAGAGCGAUGUGGAAACCCAUUAGGUGACUUAUGCAAGGUAGUGGACAUCUCGAAGUGUAUAGCCGUUACGUUCAGCCAAACACUGCCCAGGACUGUGGUGGUGACCUUGCAGGAUAAGAGAAUAAAGACAUGCGUUUGGUUGUACGGAGACCACGAGCUGUGCGAGUGGUAUCGGUGGCACAGGACAUUACACAGAGAAAACCAGUCGCCUCUUCAGUCUGAAUGGAGCACAGGAUAUGUACUGCAGCCUGAGCUGAUGCGCAGCGAUUCAUACGACCCUCAUCGGAGAGAGAAAAGAUUGAUGUUUUUUGUUGAUACUCAGGUGAUAGGAGCAAGACAUCUUCCCAAACCAAAUGAAAACAUUGCCAGUCCUUUGUGGAAGGAGGUCGAACUGUGUGGCCAAACAGAGGAAAACAAAUUCAAGACUACCGUUUGCCAUGACAACGGACUGAACCCUAUAUGGCAAGAGUCUUGGAGGCCGUUUACUUUCAGCAUGUGUAGACCAGAUCUCACCUUCCUGCGCUUUGUGGUUGAGGAAGACAUGUUCUCGAACCCCAACUUCCUGGCCAGGCUACAUUCCCCUACUAGUCGCUGCUUUGCAGGGUGCAGAUCAGUCCCUCUAAACGGCUUCAGUGAAAACCUAGAGCUAGCGUCCCUUCUGGUGUACGUUGAUAUGCAGCAGGUGGAGCGCAGAAGGAGGGAACUUUACUCCUCCUCGAGACAGUUGCAAAAGAGAAACAGGCGGGAGUUAAACAGCGAGUUCUGCCUCUCGACCUCACUCCAACCUGCAGCGCAGCGCGGCGCCUGA